UCGAGACCGCGUGCGGAGGAGCAGUGCGCAUUCGCCAAAAGGAUUUAACUCGUGGGCUAAAUUCGAGUCCUCGCCGCGCUCCAAACUCUUGAAAUCUCUUAACACGGCUGUAUAACAAUACUAUUUACACACACACACACGCGCGUAUUCGGAGCAGGGAUUGCCGCCGGUGUAUUUACUCACACAGAUACAGACGCGCGCUUUCGUAAUUACACGCACAUGCGUACUGCGUGUGCGCUAUGUAAAUCUUGCAGACUGUAGAAUGAGAUCGUAGCAAGGCGACAUAAAUAGCACAGAGCGCAAAGUAACUGAGUUGAGCACACACACACACAUGUGCGAGCAAGCCCAGCGUUACUCGCAGAAGCUAUUCAACGGUGUUAAUAGGCUGUAAGUUUUCAAUCGGGUUAACAACCCUAAAUAUCACAGACCCAGCCCGCCUGCUCCCCCCUGGGAUGCUGUGCUCACCGACGCGACUCGGGAAGGGACCUGAAGUUUGACCUAAGGUGUAGUAGCAGCGGGUGACAUCCUCCGACACACGUAGCUGUAAGUAGGAAUAACAACACCAGUUGCUCGGCAUACGCAGACGAGAGAUGUGGGUUGGAGUAUCGGCGCUGACGCCGCCGCUGCUGCUGCUGCUACUGCAUGUCGUGGCAUGUCAAUCCUGGCUUUGUCCGGCCAAUUGCCGAUGCUUAGAGCAGAGGGUGGAGUGCGUUGGGAUGAGAAACCUUGACAUACCGUCACCUCUGCCCAGGGACAGCAUCUUCUUAAGGUUCAUGGACACGAUGAUAGAAGAAAUUCCGGGGGGUGCCUUCAGUGACCUUCCCAACAUUACAAAAAUAUUUUUCUCCAUCGCCACCCAGCUGCGACACGUUCAGGCGAAUGCUUUCUCCAACCUCGUGGAGCUCAAGUACCUAGAAAUUAAACACGCAAAGAAUCUUACUCACAUACAUCCGCUAGCUCUCCAAAACCUCCCCAAUCUCAAGUAUCUCACCAUCACCAACACUGGGAUCAGCAGCUUCCCGAACCUGCGAUGGGUCCGCUCCACGAUCAUGGGCUUCAUCCUGGAGAUGGCUGACAAUCUCAACAUGCCCCUGAUUCCUGCCAACGCAUUUGAAGGCCUGAGCUCCGACACCCUCAUACUGAGGCUGUACAACAACGGCAUCAGAGAAGUGAAGAGCCACGCAUUUAACGGCAGCCGACUCCACCGAGUGGAGCUGUACAGAAAUGAACACCUGCAGAAGCUCGAUAACAACGCUUUCGCCGGCGUGCUGAGAAGUCCGGACUACCUUGACGUGUCUUGGACCGCCAUCGAGUCCCUGCCAAGCCAGGGCCUGGACAACCUGCGCAUCCUGCGAGCCGAAGCGGCGACGCGCCUCAAGCAUCUGCCACCAACGUCGGUGCUCAAAGCCCUGCUCAACACGUCGCUCACCUACCCGAGCCACUGCUGCGCCUUCCGCGGCAUGAAGCGGCAGCUGGGAAGGUCGCUGGAGCUGCAUUGCAACCAGACGACCAUGUACCGCUCGCGCAUACGCAGGGCGGCGGCCCUGACGCCGGGCAAGGCGCCUCCACUCGGCAUCGACGCCAACGGCAGCAGCGGCGAGGCGUGGAGCUCCGGGGAGGACGACCGGUCGGCGCAGAGCGGCCACUACUACUUGCCCUUCCUGGAGGAGCCCGAGGACACCAACGUCGGCUUCGGGGAGCAGAUCCGCGUCACCAAGAGCAAGGGCUCGGCCACCUUCGAGCACUCUUACGGCGGUGACCCGUUUGAGUUCUGCAUCCCGCGCGACAUCACCUGCUUGCCCAAGCCCGACGCUUUCAACCCGUGCGAAGACAUCAUGGGCGACGAGUUCCUGCGGAUGAGCAUCUGGUUCGUCAGCCUCCUGGCGAUCGUCGGCAACCUCUUCGUCCUCCUCAUCAUCCUGACGAGCCACUACAAGCCGACGGUGCCACGCUUCCUCAUGUGCAACCUGGCCUUCGCCGACCUCUGCAUGGGCAUCUACCUGCUCAUCAUCGCCGGGUUCGACCUGUACAGCCGUAGCGAGUUCUACAACCACGCCAUCGACUGGCAGACGGGGCCCGGCUGCAACAUCGCGGGCUUCGUGUCGGUGUUCGCCAGCGAGCUGUCGGUCUACACGCUCAUGGUGAUCACGGUGGAGCGCUGGCACGCCAUCACCUUCGCCAUGCGCCUCGACCGCAAGAUCCGCUUCCGCCAGGCGCUCGGCGUCAUGGCCGGCGGCUGGCUGUUCUCGGUGGUCCUGGCCGGCAUGCCGCUCUACGGCGUGAGCAGCUACUCCAAGGUGAGCAUCUGCCUGCCCAUGGAGGUCGAGACGUUCGUGGCGCAGGCCUACGUGGUCACCGUGCUCUCGCUCAACGUCCUGGCGUUCGUGAUCAUCUGCGUCUGCUACGUGCACAUUUACGUCACCGUGCGUAACCCCAACUACAUCUCGGGCAACCAGGACACCAAGAUCGCCAAGCGCAUGGCCAUACUCAUCUUCACGGACUUCAUCUGCAUGGCGCCCAUUUCCUUCUUCGCCAUCUCGGCGGCGUUCAAGCUGCCGCUCAUCACGGUGUCGCACUCCAAGAUCCUGGUCGUGGUGUUCUACCCGCUGAACUCGUGCGCGAAUCCCUUCCUCUACGCCGUCUUCACCAAGACGUUCCGUCGCGACUUCUUCAUCCUGCUGAGUCGCCUCGGCUUCUGCGAGGCGCGAGCGCAGCUCUACCGCGGGCAGACGGCGUUGAGCGUCCACCCGUCGGGCGUGCGCAACGGCAGCUGGACGUCGAGCCACCGGGGCAGCGGUGGGACGGUGUACACGCUCGUCGCGCUCAACGGCAGGGACGGCGCGGCCGGCAAGGGCGGCGGCGGCGGCGGCGAGGUGCCCGGCGUCGUGCCGCCGUGCGCAGCGAAUCCCGGCACGUGCGUGCGGUGCGCCCUGUGAGUGGCCCGGAGCGCCAUCUCUUCCCGUGGCUUUUUUUGUGAUUCUGAGACCCUCGGGGCAAGCUGAAGGUGUCCAUGUACGAAGUGCUGUUCAAAAGUGAAACUAUCUUUGAGCAGAACAUAAAAAACUCUUACGUCUUAGCGACAGA